CCUAGUUACAUAGUUUGUGUUUAUGAGAUUUGUGACUGCGUAUUGUUAAUUUUUAUUGCGCUGAAUUUCUCGAUAUUUGUGUUGUUCAAAAGUGGUUUGUGUUAGGGUAAUAGAAUUACCAUUUUACAUGUUCCGAAAAGUGCAGUGCGAAUUUGAGGUUGGUGAAAAAAUGAGGAGCAGUGCGUUCAUCGCUUUUUAGCGAUGUGUGUUUUUAAUAAAUUGAAUUGACGGUGUUUUAAUAAAAUUCAUGGUGUUUCCGAUAAUAUUAGUGUCGUUUGUAAAGCAUAGUUCGAAUCAUAGGGUCCACAAACGAGCAGACGGAUUCUAUCAUGGUCGUAAAACGUGCUGCGGACAGUGCGGACUCACCAAUACUGGAGGAGGCUGGCGAAAGCGGCUCCGAACAGAAACCAAAACCACUGGUCAAAUAUGGAGAACUCGUCAUACUCGGAUACAAUGGUUACUUGCCCGCGGGCGAGAGGGGUCGCCGCCGGAGCAAGUUCGUGUUAUACCGACGGCCGGCGGCGAACGGCGUUCGGCGGUCGAAGCACUACGUGGUCAAGACUCCGCACAGCAGCAAGGCGAUCCUGGACGCCAGCCAGCACUCAAUCUCGUACACACUCAGCCGCAGUCAGGCUGUCAUCGUGGAGUACACGGAAGACCCCGAUACCGAUAUGUUCCAGAUCGGUAGAUCGUCAGAGUCGCCGAUCGACUUCGUGGUGAUGGACACGGUGGCGGGCGACAAGACUGGCGACACCAAAGUGCUUCAAAGCACGAUAUCGCGGUUCGCGUGCCGCAUCAUAGCUGACCGAAACGACGUCAACAACUGCCGCAUCUAUGCAGCAGGCUUCGACUCUUCCAGGAACAUAUUUCUUGGCGAGAAAGCGACAAAAUGGACAGAAAACCACGAGAUCGACGGUCUGACGACGAACGGGGUUCUGAUCAUGCACCCGCGUGGCGACUUCUGCGGCGGCAGCGCCACGUGCGGGCCGUGGCGCGAGACCUCCGUGGGAGGGGCCGUGUUCUCGCUCAGGGAGAGCCGGUCGGCGCAACAGAAGGGUCUGCCUUGCCAAGCAGAGACAAAUGUACUGCGAGAUGGUACAAUGAUCGACUUGUGCGGGGCCACUUUACUAUGGAGAAGUGCGGAGGGACUCAAAAAUUCACCGACAAAACGCGACCUUGAGGCGUUGGUGGACGAGCUAAACGCGGGCCGGCCGCAGUGCCCUGUAGGGCUGAACACGCUGGUCAUCCCGCGCAAGCUGUCCACCGCGCACCAGGACCUCAACCAGCCCUACGUCUACCUCAACUGCGGGCACGUGCAAGGCGAGCACUCAUGGGGCGCAGACGGCAGCGAAGCGGGCACGCGGCGCUGCCCCAUGUGCAUGACGGCGGGGCCCGUGGUCCGCGUCUGCAUGGGCAUCGAGCCCGCCUUCUACGUGGACGCCGGCCCGCCCACCUACGCCUUCAACCCGUGCGGACACAUGGCCUCGGAGCGGACCGUCAAGUACUGGGCAGGCGUGGACAUCCCGCACGGCACCAACGGCUUCCACGCCAUCUGCCCGUUCUGCGCCGCGCCGCUCGAGGGCUCGCCGGGCUACGUGCGCCUCAUCUUCCAGGACAACCUCGACUGAGUGCAGGUCAACAGUACUUGGAGUGCGUUCAAAAGCAUUCACCCCGGCGGCGUCCGAUGCGAAUCUCAACACGCGUGCAGCGCGACCGACUCUCGACACACAGUACGAAGCUACAGCGAUCCGACCACUAACGUGAGACAUACACUUUUGUUACGGUCUUUAUGACCUUUCGGGGCUAUAUCUUAAACACUGCUAGCUAAUAGACAAAGUAAAACAACCUAGGAACAUUUGCUGUGAAGAACAUAAUCUGUAAUGUCGAAAACGCAUACUAAAGCGUCUACAUAUUUUCAAACGGUGUAACUACGCUAUUUAUCCUAUUUUAAAGGGCCAUAAAGACAUAAGUUAUGACGCCUCGGGCCUCGAUAUACAUUAUUUAUUCAGAUGUUAAUAAAUAGAAUUGAUUUUACAAAAGCUUUGCAGUCAGCUUACGGCCCGAGGUUAACGCCCGUAUUCAUAAACGAUACUUGCUUAAGUGAAGCAUCAAAUGAGCGAACGAAUAGAGCUCUGUGAUUGCUUCGUGUGUGACCCUGUGUCCACGCGCACUAUGAGACCUCAUAGUAAUGUUUGUGAAUGCGGGCGUAAGUUUAGUGUGGCUCUUGUAAUUUGUAUAUGUGUGGCUCUGGUAUAAACCUGGCAUGGCUAGUUUGUCAGAAGUGGGUUUAAUAGUUUGAAGAAUAUGACAUUGUCUCUUUUCAAUACAUACUGUGAGAAAAGGACAUUCACAUUUAACCGUUAGCUGACUCGUUUACCAAAACAAUUUUGCUUUCGCGUCGUAUUGUUUGUCGACUGUCUUUAAUUCAACCUGUAUUUACUUUGGCUAUUAAUAGACAAUUAUUUUCCUCCACACCUAUCUUCGUAAUGGAAUGUAACGGAAUGUUAAUAAUGUGUUGUUAUGAGCUGUAUUGUAACGCGCAGAUUUUGUGUUAAUGUGUUACGGUGUCUGUAUCUUUAUAAUAAGGUAUUUUAACGAAUUCGGUUAACGAAUAGGUAUUUAUUUGUGCUGGGCCACGGAUAAGUUCGCUAUGGCUUAUGUAACACAUUCACGAUUGCUACAAUAAAGUUGGAUAGAUAUUUUAUAAUUUUUAUGACGUAGUAGAAACAACUACAGAAUCUAAACGCGCUAAUGCGAACAUCCUUGGCCUAGAAGAUUGUCAGAUAAAUAAUAUGUUAACGAAAAAAGGAGAAAUGCGAAAAAAUAUUUAAAGCUUUGUACAUUGCUGUGUUGAUUUCUAAUUUUAAUGUAACUGUUAAAGAUCAGAUCAAUGAACGCUCUAAAUAAUGAUUGAAAAGUUCCCCCUUUUUAAUGUUUUCUUCCUAAUAUUUAAAACAUCUUUCACUCUCAAUCUAAAUAUCAAUUCGUUUUUAUUCAUAGAAGUAUGCACUUUUGAGUGCUAAAUAACUUUUCACGUUGACUAAACAUAUUUACAAAUGAAAUAUUUGUGCAAGUGAAUUGUAAAUAUGAAUAUUGAAUAUGUUUAUGUGUAAUUUUAAGUAAUUUAUGUUGGGUUUCCUUGAAUGUGUGGAAUGCUUGAUGUAAGGAGCCUUAGUUUGUAUGGCGCAUUGAUUAGCGCGAUUUUUAUUAAUGGUAAACAUUUUUGAUUUUUGCGAGCUAAUACAUCGCUGAUAAUGGCGUAUUGUAAACUAAGUUAAUUUCCUGAUCGGUACGUUACCGUAUCCUAACCGAAUCGGUACAGAUUCUUUACUGAGCGCGUAUAAUGUUUCCCGACUUGCGCGGUGCGAAAGCGGGAUGAUACGGUACCGAUAAUAUCAGGAAGUGUCCUGAAAAAUUGAAGUUCCUUGAACGUUUAAAAUGCUUUCAUUUUGACCAUUCCUGAUGUCAGGAAUAUGAUCAACGCUCGAGGAACGUUAGAAGAUGGAUUGCCAUUCUGAUUGGCAAUGAUGUUAUAAAUAUAACAACAUGCAGACAGUGUUUGCACAUGUGUAAAGUGAGUUUGUAUUACUUACGGUAAUACAAACGGUAAUUGUAAAUGAAAUAUUUAAUCAUGCUUUGUUCAGUAAUCAGGCAGACAAACAUUAUCUCAUGUUAAUCGACAAUUCACCGCGCGUGAUAUAACAUGCCAUGUAAUUUAAGCCUACAAUUUUUCCACUCUUUACUUUUUACCACAAAAAGUAAUGUUGCCUCGUAUUUUGUAAAAAAACAAUCAAUUGUAUUGUUUUGAAUUUGUUUGUCCUAAGAUUUUGAUCAGUUAGAAGUUUUAAAACGUUGAAUAUUUAAAGUUUUUCAAACAAAAUUCAGAUUCAUAUCCAGUUUCAGUAUACUAUUAAACCAAGUGUUCACAAGGGGACAAAUGUUGCAAAACACGUAUAGCUAGAUAGGUGUGAAACGUUGCCUGGUGUCUUCUUACGUGCAAAUUGUUUUCUCGUAUAAAUUGACAGUCGUCAGAUGUCGCUCGUCAUAUCUAGCGACACGUGUCUCGAAACAUUUGUCCCUAGUGAAUCCAUGGCUUCACAGAUCGUCGGAGGCAGUUAACAUCUUAAUGUCCCUUUAAAAAAAAUAAAUGACUUAAAUAAAAAGAAAAAGACUAGAUGUUAAUUGCCAACGACUACAUCAAUCGUUGAAAUAAGAAACCUGUGAUUAGUGAAAUGAUAACAAACUUCUAAGUAGACCUAAGCGUCAAGUAGCGGUAUGUGAUAAGACUCAUAGUUGUCGAUCUCAGAGCAGCUUUUCGUUAUAUGACAGAAUCAGCCCGAUAACUACACAUUCAACGUUUUAAAAACUACAAAUCUUUAAAUAUACAUGCAUUACGAUGUAAGAAAGUAAGAGAAAAACGUUGAAUGUGUAGCGGACAGGCAUUUCGGUAACCUCGGGGGCAUAUUGUAUAAAUAAUGUAAGUUAUUAGGCGUAGCAAUCGUUAGCUUACGACGUAUGAAAAUUUAGUUUUUGUACAAUUUGAAUUCACUAGUUAGUGAUACCACGUAAAGUUAACGCCUUUGAGACGACAAAUCGCGGGACAAAUGUAACGAUUUAUUAUUCAUGUGUUGUCUUAACGAGAACUAUUAAUUGAAUUACUAAAUGCAAAUAAUUGCACAUAGCAUUAUACUUGUUUUAGACUAGAUUUGGUAAAAAAAAUGCUUAUUUAAAGAGUCUAUAGUAAGUGGUUAUAUCAAUGUAGGUAUUUUAACAGCCUUUUAGCAUUGGUUUAUGUAUCGACAUGGCUACAUAAAGUAGAUGAGUUACAAAAGAUUGCGUUACAGUGAGCUGAUAUAGGUUAUGCGUGCAGGGUGAAUAAAGGUUUAUAAUAAAGUCGUGUGACGUACGCGGGGCGUGGCACAAACCAAAAAGUUUUUGGCCACUUUGGGUGUCACGAACUAUUUGACGCUGACUGUACGUGCAUAUUUGUGGAUCUUAGAGAGGUUAGUUCACACGUACUAACCACUACGUAUAAUACAAAUAUCGCGCUUACCGCCAUGUGUUUAUAAGGUUCAGACAAUAAAAUCGAUAAUUUUUACAGAUAUAGAAACGUUUGUAUGCAGCAAACAAGAUUGCGAUCGAUCUUUAUAUACCAGUUACAUUUUAAAAUUUCGUCGACUGACACAAUGCCAUUAUUCACCCUGUAUUUUAUAGUAUAGACGUCUACAUUUGUGUAGCAUUGUGUGAAUGAAAUGUGUUGUAAAAAUUAUUUGCACUAAAUACAUGUUUCGAUAUAUUUAGCAUUAUUUUUCAUUAGAACGAAGCAGUUACGUUGAAAAGUAGUGAUGCUUUUGCGAUAAAAGUUUUACACUUCCCUUUAGAGAUGAGUGUAAGCAAUCUAACUGGAUAUUUGUGAGCUCCGAUGUUGAGUAUCGAUAAAUACAAUAGUGCAAACGAUAUACAGACGAGUGUAUCGUUCGAAUACAUGGGUUUCGUUUUGUACGAGCAAAUUCGAACUCCAGAGAGAAGUGUAAAACAUGUUCUAACAUUAUUAGUGGUAAUAAGAACUGAAUUCUAGCCUUAAUUUUAUUUAUGAUAAGUGCUAGGAUAAUAAAUCGCUCUUUUGAGUUAGAAAAUUGA